AUGCAGACUCCUGCCAUGAUGUUUCUGCUGCUUGUGUUCCAUGGCCUCAUAGAAUCAUUUCAGGCCCAGAACUACCACAUCACACGACGAGACCUCUUCUCUCAAGAGACUCCCCUGGACAUGGCCCUGGCCUCUUUUGAUGACCAGUAUGUUGGCUGUGCAGCGGCCAUGAAAGCCGCUCUCCCGGAUCUCAACCACACUGAGUUCCAGGCCAACAAAGUGUAUGCAGAUGGAUGGGCCCUGGCAAGCAUCCAGUGGCAGGAGCGCCAAGCUUGGGGGCCAGAGUGGGGCCUUAGCGCUACCCUCCAGCCCCCACCGUCGCCGGGCUUCCGCGACGAGCAUGGGGUGGCCCUCUUGGCCUACACAGCCAACAACCCCCUACACAAGGAGUUCAAUGCAGCUGUGCGUGAGGCAGGCCGCUCCCGGGACCACUACCUCCGCCACUUCUCCUUCAAGACAUUCCAUUUCCUGCUGACCGAGGCCCUGCAGCUGCUGGGCAGGGGCCAGUGCCGCCAGGUGUUCCGAGGGGUGACUGGGCUGCACUUCCGGCCAGCAGGCCCCGGGGCCACCGUAAGGCUAGGGGGCUUUGCCUCCGCGUCCUUGCACAAUGCUGCGGCCCAGAACUUUGGUCAGGACACCUUCUUUGGCAUCUGGACCUGCCUUGGGGCACCUAUCAAAGGCUAUUCCUUCUUCCCUGGGGAAGAGGAAGUGCUCAUCCCCCCAUUCGAGACCUUCCAGGUUGUCAAUGCCAGCAGACCGGCCCAGGGCCCCACCCGCAUCUACCUGAGGGCCUUGGGCAAGCGCAGUACAUACAACUGCGAAUAUAUCAAAGAUAAGCAGUGUAAGGCUGGGCCCUGCCAUCUGGAUAAUUCAGCCAUGGGCCAGGGUCCCCUCUCCAGAGUCUGGUUCCUCCUGCUGAUGCUCUGGUUCUUUGUGGGGAGCCCUUUCCAGAGUUCAGGCCUCCAAUGA